CGCAGCAUCCCGCAGAGCGCCGAGCCCGUGCCUCGGGCCUGCGGCUGCGGCUGCGGCGAUGAAGAUCUGGAGCUCAGAGCACGUGUUCGGCCAUCCCUGGGACACGGUGAUCAAGGCGGCCAUGCGGAAGUACCCAAACCCGAUGAACCCGUGCGUGGUGGGUGUGGACGUGCUGGAGCGCAGCGUGGACGGCUGUGGGCGCCUGCACAGUCUGCGCCUGCUCAGCACCGAAUGGGGACUGCCCGGCCUCGUGCGUGCGAUUUUGGGAGCCAACGGGACCUUGGCGUACAUCAAAGAGCGCUCAGUCGUGGAUCCGGCUGCAAGGAAAAUGGAGCUGUGUUCCACCAAUAUCACACUCACAAAUCUGGUGUCAGUGAAUGAGAGGUUGGUGUACACACCCCAUCCAGAGAACCCCGAAAAGACUGUGCUCACCCAAGAAGCCAUCAUCACUGUGAAGGGGAUCAGCCUUGGGAGCUACCUGGAAAGUCUAAUGGCCAACACCAUAUCCUCCAAUGCAAAGAAGGGGUGGGCUGCGAUCGAGUGGAUAAUUGAACAUUCCGAGAGUGCCAUAAGCUAACAGGUCUGCACCCAUGCCUGGUGACACAGCGGGCAACCUCAUUGACUUCCUCACCUGGUACAGAGUUUUAGCUUUUUACUACCUGUGUGCA